AUGAGUUUAUAAAAUAAAAGCAAUAAAACGGAGAAAACAAAUAAAUGAUUAUUUCUAUCUAUGUGAAUGUGAAUUUGUGAAAAAAGAAAAACAAUUUUAAAAGAACGCGUUAUAUCUAUCAGUAUAUAUACAUAUACACAUAUGCGUGUGCUAGCAAAACCCCAUUUGCAUGCUCCCAUACUCACAUUCACAUAAAAGAAGAUAUCUCAACAUUCAAACCCAUAAACCAUCCAAUAGCACUUUCUACUAUAUAUUUGUCUAUUUCCUCCUUCUACCAUAUAAUUCUCAUCUUCAAAAUUCCAGUAAAAUAGACAAAACCCUAAUAUCUAGUUUUUUAUGAACAUCUAAUUAUUAUCUCUCUCUCCGCUCCAAAAUCCACAUAAAAAUAUAAAAAUAGUUCAAAAUGUGGAUGAUGGGUUACAACGAAGGCGGUGCAGAUUCCUUCAACGGAGGAAGAAAGCUUCGUCCUCUCAUCCCACGCCUCUCAUCUUGCCCCACUGCCGCCAACUCCGACCACCGCUUUAACAUGGCAGUGAUGACGACAAUGACAGCUGAGCAGAACAAGAGGGAGCUCAUGAUGCUAAACUCAGAGCCUCAACAUCCACCGUUAAUGGUGAGCUCACGGUGGAAUCCGACACCGGAUCAGUUAAAGGCUCUUGAAGAGCUUUACCAAAAAGGAACCAGAACUCCUUCGGCCGACCAUAUCCAAAAAAUCACGGCGCAGCUACGACGGUACGGGAAGAUCGAAGGCAAAAACGUUUUCUAUUGGUUCCAAAACCACAAAGCCCGUGAACGCCAAAAACGGCGACGACAGAUGGAAAAUGGCCACGACGAAUCUGUCUUUACUACAACUAGUCUUGUCUCAAACCACGGGUUUGACAAGAAAUAUCCACCAAGUUACAAGGUUGAACAGACGAAGAACUGGAUAUGUUCGGUCGGAUGCGACAUACAACCAGAGAAACCUCAUGACCUUAAUCAUCAUGAGGAGCCUGUCUCAAUAGCGAUGGUAGCAACGAAGCGCAAUGGUCGUCAUGUAGGAGACGAGAGACAAAACUUUCCCGGGAGAAAUGCCAUGUCGCAGAUGAUGCAGCUUGCACCUGGACAUUACCCUUCUUCACAACAACAACAACAACAUCAUCAACUCAUUCUCAAUUCCACUACUGUUUCGUCUAACUUCUCCACUAGCAACAGUACUGUUUCCGCUGCUAAAGAUACCGUCACAAUUUCACCUUUAUUUCUGAGGACAAGAGCAGCAACGAACACUGGAACUUGUGAUGAUAAUAAAGAUGAAGAACGUCGUGAAGAUUGCUUAAACGGUGAAGUGGAUCACCAAGAACAAACACUAGAACUAUUUCCACUGAGAAAAGAAGGGUUUUGUAACAAUGGUAGAGAUGGUGGGAAAGAGAAAGAGAGUGGCCCCCACUGUUUCUAUGAGUUUCUUCCAUUGAAGAACUAAUCCUAUUUGAUUCUUUUUUUUCAAGAGCAAACAUGUUUUAGUGUUUUACUGUUUUAAGAUAACUAGGUUAAGUAAUCAAUCAUGCUAUAGUGUGAGAAAAAUAAUUAAUUAACUAGGAUUUUGUUUGGGAGUGAGGGUAACGCGUCUUUAUGGUGUUGAUGUUAACAUUUCAUAGGCGUUUGCCUUUAAAUGCACUUUGGACCACUU